AUGCAUGCUAUCAGGAAAGCAUACAAAGACACAAAACCGACCGUUCUUUUGUUUCAAACCCGCUCUAUUCUCGAGGACGCUUUCAUAUCUUCGUUCACCACCAACCCCGACCCGAAAGCGCAGUACUACCCCCGUCGUAUCAUUGUUGCAUCCAUCCAGCCGCUCAUCGAGCUCACCGAAACGUUCCAUAAUCCGUCUCUUCUCGUUGGCAGCGGAGCAGCUGUUCUCCGCGAAAAUCCCCAGUUCAAUUCCAAGAAUUGCAUAGAUGGCCACUACCACGCCAUCUUGAUUCGUAGUGAGGCUAGUCACUGUCUCCUUGUAGCAGGAAUGGCUGGGGCUAUCCUUGUUGCUGGUGUUAUUGGUUAUACUGUGGGACGAUUCACUAAAUCUGCCAUGCUAGGCGUUGUGGCCGGAGCGACUGCCGUUUCAGUCUUCGCCUACCUCCAGGCAAGCACCUUCAAGGAGUGA